AUGAACACCCUGCAAGAAGCAAGCCGGGUAUACAAGGCCUUCCAGAAAGGAGGGCCGACUUUCGGAGGAUGGCAGAUGCUUCCAGGCACGAAUCACGCGCGGGCAAUUGCUCGUUCAGGCGUUGAUUGGAUAUGCGUCGACACCGAACAUGGCAACAUCAACGACAGCCAAAUGCACGAAGCCGUAACCGCCAUCGCCCACGCGGGCGUAAGCCCUCUCGUCCGCAUCGCCGCGAACGAACCCUGGAUGGUAAAACGCGCCCUCGACAGUGGCGCCCACGGCGUCAUAGUCCCGCUCAUCUACACCGUUGACGACGCCAAAAAACUCGUUUCCUCCGCCAAAUUCCCGCCAGAAGGAACGCGCGGCUUCGGCUCACCGCUACCAACCCAGUGUUUCUCAAACGAACCACUAACCUACUACCUGCGCCACGCAAACACUUCGCUCCUUACCAUUGUGCAGAUAGAAACAGCGUCGGCACUAGCCUGCUGCCGUGAAAUCGCCGCCUUGCCCGGCGUUGACUGUUUGCUGAUCGGGCCCUUUGAUCUUGGUAACAACAUUGGUCAUCCUAUUUUGACUCCGACUAUGGAUAAGGAGCUGGAAGACGCGAUUGAGACAAUCAAGGAGGCGGCGCAUGCGGAGGGGAAGAAGGUGGCUAUGUAUUGCAACUCGGGCGAGGAUGCGAGGGGGUAUGUGGAGAGGGGGUUUGAUAUGGUAAGUGUGUUGACAGAUCAGAUGGGGAUUACGGGGGCGUUUGAGAGGAGUUUGGGGGUUGCGAGUGGGAAGGUUGAGGGGAGUGGGGUCAAGGGGGUGAAGGGGUAUGAUGGGAAGUAA